AUGUCUUCUGACGAAGAGAUGGAAAUACCUCACGGUGCUGAAGAUGUGGGAGGAUCAAGAGAAGACGUGUCACAUUCAAAAGGUAAUGAAAACAAUGGCGGAGCUUCUUCCAUGGCUAAGCGCCAUGUGGCCUGCUCAUUAUGUCGUAAACGAAAGUUGAAAUGCGAUGGAAAACGACCAAAGUGCUCGACUUGUGCCAAACAGAAUCAUAUUUGUGAAUAUACUGAGACAUUCCGUAAGGCGGGUCCACGGAGAGGUUAUGUCAAGACGUUAGAACAGAGAGUGAGCCAGCUGGAACAAAUGCUAGCAGAAGCUACUACAAGAACAUCUGUAGCACCGGUCAAGGCAGAAUCUGCUAUGCUUGAUAAUGACGACGACAAUAAUCCAGAUAGUACAUAUAAUAUCGGAGCAGGCGAUGUUUCGGUAGGUAGUGCCGGUCAUGGGGUUGGUGGUGCUAUCACAUCUGGACUUGGCAUUCCAGUCGAUCCAACUGAAAGCAUUCUGAACGGCAAUGAAAAAGGUUCUACUAAUCCAGUUAUUUUUAAUGGUACUCAAGGCGAUAAUAUUAACGGUAUUGUCGGCUCUCUGGAUCUGGACUGUAGAAAUGAUUUUUUGAAUGGCCCCUACGAUAUGCAAAUAUCAAGCCUGAACAUGGAUGAGGCGCUACCCCCCGAUGAAAUGAUUAAAGAGCUUCUUGAGAUGUAUUUCAAUGGGUUGAAUCGAAUGAUUCCAUUAAUUGAUCGCACUAGAUUUAUGACAAGAAUGUCACUAGUGCCCUCACAAAGACCAAAAUUAUUCCUACAAUACGCCAUUUUCCUAAAAGCAGCAUGUACAUCGGAUAAGUACACAUCAUUAACACCUCUUUUUUACAAGCGCGCAUGCAAAUACAUGAACAAGGCAGAGACGAGUUCAAGAUUCAGAGAUGUUGCCAGUGUGGAGUAUGUACAAGCAUCGGUUUUGAUUAGCACAUUUGAGUAUAGAAAUGCGCUAUUUCCACAGGCAUGGCUAAGAGUCGGUUCGACAAUGCGGGCUUGUCAAAUGCUUAAUAUGCAUGUGGUAGAUGUGGACACUUUUGAUACUAAUUCUGAUGAGGUAACAAUGUCAGACUCUGCAGUUAUUGAUGAAAUCAGACGGACAUAUUGGGUAGCAGUCUUGUGUGAUCGAACUGCAUCGGCUGGAACUGGCUGGCCCUGCAUAUCAAACACUGACGAUAUCUUUACGAAAAUACCGCUUGAUGAUAGUGCAAUUGAUACUGGUGGAAAGUCGAGACUAGUGUCUUUUGAAAGUAUAUUUCGCAAUCCUGAUAUUCUUGCUCGAUAUAAAGGUUCAAGACUGAUAAUAUACAUCUUGUACUCGGAAUGUCAGUAUGAGAUUGCGAAACUAAUAAUGUUUCCUCGUAAAGAAAACGAUCUUUCUGCAACUGGUUCUUGGAUGGCACAGUAUACCCGAAUUGAUAAUCUUCUGUCCUCACUGAUAUUUGUUUUGGAUCCAGUUCCAGCAAGUGAUGAAUCUCCUGAUCGUAAUCUGAUUAUUAAUGUGCAUCUCAUGGUCCAUACGGCAAUUCUGUGUCUUAACAAGUGUGCAUUAUUGGGGUUGCAAAACUCGCCAGAUCUGGUGCGAUUAUUCAGACGUGAAGAGCUGCUUCAACGAUGCGCUAAUGCAGCAACUGAAAUUACGCUUUUGAUCCGUAUGUCACGAGAUAUUUCCAGCAUUAGUGCUCACCCUAUUCUCACGUUUGUCAUUUAUACAUGUGCUCGGUUCUUUUUGACGGCAGUUCAGUCUGGUGCUGCUGAGUUCAAACGAUUUAAAGUACAUCUUGAUUUUCUGAUCACAACUCUUCGUAUAAUGAGGGUUACCAUGCCCAUGGCACAAAUGUUCUGUGACAGUAUAGUUACUGCGGCAGGCGAGAUGUUCAAGAAUAAGCCCGCUCCAGAUGUCAACAGCAAACUACCGCCAAACUGCCUUUGGCCUGAACCUGAUAUUCGCCCCGAUACAAUGAGACGGGAAGAGGAAUUAGACACUCCGCAAAGCAUGAGCAGUACAGGUACGAGUAAUGGUAUGAGCAUAGCAUUAGGUGCGCCAGGAGAGUAUAGCGGUGGCUUUUUCCACCAUAGUGAGACUAAGCAUCGAUAUGGUAACAGAAACAAAACCGAUAGUAACUCUGCCAACAGUGUUAGUAGUCAACCAUAUUCGAUACCAAGUGUGAAUUCAACCAGGUCUCCUGAAGAUAUCAAUACAUCGUCGAGUUCAAUCUCGGAUGAGUUCGGUCACCUACAUUCUCAAAACACCGCACCGACAUCGAACGAUAGCGGCGACAGCUCAAGUUACCUCCCUUCUGGGCUUACUCCAUUAACUGGUACCCCGGAUGCUAGUGGACUGGCCGGUCUGGCUUCAAUUCCCGUCACUACACCAUCUGGAAACGGUUUCCCAGUAGGUCUGGAUUGGUCUUCUCUAAUGACUACAGAAGCCAUGUGGAAUGAUAUCCUGUCGUCAACCAAUAAAUAA